ACCGUCUAGUUGACAACAUGGCGGACAGGGUAGCAAAGUUUUGACAGCAAAUUGGGAAAGUGCAAUAAUUCAUAAAAAGACCAAAAAUUAUUCAAUUAAAAAAGUGUUAAAAUGGAGCAAUUAUAAUGUUCACGUUUCUGAACGUGUAUUAAGUUAUGACGGAAAAGAAAUCUAAAUUGAACAAAGAUCAAAUUCAGCAGGAAAACGAAACUGUCUUGAUUGAAAAAAUGUCAAGAUCAGCACUAUACAGAACAUGCCAAAUUGUGUGCCGUUUGGCGCAUAUGAUAAUUGCUCGAUUUUGGAAGCUGUGUUCCUCUGCCUGUCUUGUCAUUCUGCUGGUGUACUGGUUUUAUGGUGGUGCAUUGUCGCUGCUGUUUCUCAUGAUAUCAGUCUUUGGUAUCUUUUACUAUGCACAAGAUAUGUUCCUGUACUAUCCUAGCCAGCCUCCAAAUUCACGGAUAUUUGUCGAACAACCUGACAGAUUUAAACUGCCAUUUGAUAAUGUGUUUGUCAAAACCAAAGAUGGGGUGUCGUUAAAUAUGUACUUCAUUACGCAGCAGCAGUCUUUUGGGUAUCCAACCAUCCUGAUGCUUCACGGAAAUGCAGGAAAUAUAGGACACCGGCUGUCAAUGGCUUACUGUCUAUACAAAGUGUGCCAUUGUAAUAUACUCAUGGUUGAAUAUCGAGGUUACGGCAAAAGCUCAGGUUCACCAUCAGAAUCAGGACUCUACAUUGAUGCAAGAACUGCCUUAGAAUGGCUCCUUACAAAGCCUGGUGUUGACAGAAAGAAGAUAUUUGUGUUUGGGAGUUCUCUCGGUGGUGCAGUAUCUAUCCAGCUGGCGUCUGAUCCGAGAUACUCUCCAGACAUUGCAGGCCUUAUACUGGAAAACACGUUCACUAGCCUGCCUGAUGUUGCUCAAAGUCUCAUCAACAUCAAUAUACUAGACUUUUUGCCCACUUUCUGUCAUAAAAAUCAGUAUUUUUCCGACACAAGGAUUCUCAAGGUGACAUCUCCGACGUUGUUUCUCUCAGGUCAACGUGACGAGCUCAUACCUCCCAGAAUGAUGCAAGCCUUGUACAAUAUCUCUGGAAGUAAGAACAAGCGCCUUGUGCCAUUUGAGAAGGGAACCCACAACGAUACUUGUCUGUGUCCGAGAUACUACGAAACUAUUGCGGAAUUUGUUUAUCAGGUGAUAAAUCAGCCAAUGAAAAAGCCAGAAACAACAGAAGUUCCCAUGGAAAUCCCAGAUUCUAGUGUGAUUUGAUGUGGCCAUUGUUGAUAUACAUGUAUUUAGUGCAGAAACAUUGUGAUUAUUCUCAUAGGCUCAAGCUGUGUUUUAAUAUCUUGGGUCAUUGGUAUCGAGAUGACCACAAAUUUGAGUCUCAGACUAUCAGAAUAUGACCAGGACUUGCAGUUUUUAAAGUUUGCAUGUGUUGCUCAUUAAAAACAUUGUGACAAAAAUGACUUUAUCGUCUACAGUCUUUUACAGUAGACAGACUUCACAUUCUUAUUCAUAAUAAUUCAUGUAAAUGCUUCUAACAACAGUUACUAUAAUGGAAAUUAUCUAAUAUAUCAGGUGUUAGGCUGAUGUUCAGAGCUUUGCUAAAGCUAAAAAUGUGAUAAACAAUAUCGUUGUUAACUUUUUAACUUGAAAUAUUUGAUGGUGUGCUUGAAAAUUAUGCUUGUUAUGUAUAAACAAGUACAGCUGAAAAAGUAUAGUCUCUAUUUUUUAAGUAACACUGCUGAUCACAGGUGUAUUCAUGAAAUUCCUAGACCAUUCACAUUUUGAAAGUUUACAAGGAUGACAUUGACAAUGUUAUUUACUUGAAAAAAUUUCUGAACAAUCUUCCCAUUGUGGAAUUAUUAACGUCCACAGUAAAGGACCUUUGCAGCAGUGUAAAUGUUGACAUGAGUGAUUAGGUUUUCAUGACGAAAAUAGACUUAAUUCAAAAUCAUGAAUUUAAAUUUUAUGCAAAUACUCUUAUUUGAAAAUGAUUAAUAAAAAAAAGUAUGUGAUUAGUUUUUGAUUAAAAGAUCAUAAAAUACAAACGGUUUGAAUUUGAUUGUUAUUACUGCAAGUUUAAUGCCUAUCAAAUGCUGUUGUCAUUAUUCUAAAUAGUGUGUUAAAUGUUACGAUUUCAAGUUUUUUCAUUAUUCAUUUACUUUAACAGCAAAUAUUUUUGACAAACAGGAAUCUCAAUGCAUACAUAGAAUAAUAGAUAUCUUGAUUUGCACAUUAUCAUGUUUAUGACAUUUGAAUUUUAACAAUAUCCUUGAGUGAUUAUGUUAUUGUUACUAAGAAGAAUAAACUGGAGCCCUGCUAAUGGGCGACACCACUUGUCA